AUGAUGAAACAUGGAGACAUAUUCACAAUCAAUAUGCCAAGUAUUAACUUAAUAUCCUUGGUAGAAAAAGAUAUCAAAGGAGGAUCCCAAAACUUGACGUCUUCUCGGGAAAAACUGACACAGGAUACAGAUUACCAGACCAAUAACAAUGACCAAGCUGUGGUUGAAAUCUGUAUCACGCGAAUCACGACAGCCAUCAGAGAGACGGAGUCAAUUGAAAAACAUGCCAAGGCCCUUGUGGGGCUCUGGGAUUCCUGCCUGGAGCACAACCUGAGACCCUCUGGGAAAGAUGAAGACACUCCCCAUGGAAAAAUUGCUUCUGAUAUCAUGAGUUGCAUUUUACAGAAUUACAACCGACCCCCUGUGAUGGCAUUAGCCAUCCCCAUAGCAGUGAAAUUCCUCCACAGAAGCAACAAGGAACUGUGCAGGAAUAUGUCCAACUACCUGUCCCUGGCUGCGAUCACCAAGGCAGAUCUCCUGGCUGAUCACACAGACGUUAUAGUAAAGAGCAUACUCCAAGGCAACGCCAUGUUGUUGAGGGUGUUGCCCGCUGUGUAUGAAAAGCAGCCUCAGCCAAUCAACAGACACCUGACAGAACUCCUGGCCUUGAUGUCUCAGCUAGAACAACCAGAACAGUACCAUCUUCUCCGGCUUUUGCAUGUAGCCGUGAAGAGAAAGCAACCAGAGGUGGCUCAGAAGUGUAUUCCUUUCCUAAUCGGGCAUUUGAAAGACUCAACCCAUAAUGAUGUCAUCCUAAACAUCCUCACAGAGAUAGCAGGCUAUGAACCUGUGGCUUUGAACAGUUUUCUUCCAAUGCUGAAAGAGAUUGGUGAGAGAUUCCCCUACCUCAUCGGACAAAUGGCAAGAAUCUAUGGAGCUGUGGGGCAUGUGGAUGAAGCCCAUAAUAAGCAUCUUUCUUCAAAAUGGUUUCCGUCAAAGAGUUUGGCUUUGCACACUGUGCUAACAAAGAGCAUGAGUUCAGAUGAUGGGGAAGUUGUAGAGAGUGAAGAUAUGCCAGCCAGCACCUUUCUUUCAGAAACAGACCCACUUAGCCAAGGAAAUGACAAGUUGCCCUUUAAGGCAAACUCUGGCAGAUCACAGCUGGGAAGUUCUUCAGUUUCACACCCAAGUAUUAUACAUACAGAAUCAGAGUAUUUGCCAGAAACAGUUAAAGCAAACUGCCAGGAAGAAACUCCAGAAACUACUGCAAGUCCUGUAGAAUACCAAGAUAAGCUCUACUUGCACUUAAAAGAAAACUUCAGUAAAGUAAAAGCAUAUGCUGUGGAAAUCGGAAAGAAGAUUCCGGUCCCUGAUCAGUGUACCAUUGAAG